AAUGGAGCCUUAUCCAAUGGUGUUAUUGCAUAAUGAUAUGAAUGCAUCCAAAAACCAACAAAAGCUUAAAAAAGGAAAUGGAGAGAUAAUCAUGGAGAUAAUGUGUAGUAAAAUGGAUGUAAAUAGUUAAAGCUAAGCCUACAAGUGCAAAGUAGAGAGAGAAGAUGGGUGAAAAGGCCUACAAAACUUGUCUUCUUGUUGAUUUGAAUCUUGUGCAGUGCCAUUGAUGAUUUUGACAUUAUUCUGCCUGCCUCUGCCUCUGCCUCUGCCUUGCCUCGCUCACUGCAUAAUCCUCUUCCUAUUAUUACCCAUCCCUCUCAUGGUGUGUGGGUGAGAAGAAAGCUUAGGAAGCAUGGGAAGAAAGGGAUGAAUAUACACAUUUCUGAACAGACAAAAUAAUUUUGUAUUCAUUUGCAUGUCCUUCCUGAGGGAGGCUGCUGCAAUUGGAAUACUGAGCAGAACUUCAGGAUAAGAUGUGUCAUAUCUCCCCUCUCUCUGUAUCUGAAUUUGUGUGUCCAGUUGGGGAAGAAGGUUAGCUGAAUUGAACACAGACACACUAGACCACUUCCCCAGGUCCCCAACUACCAGUUGAAUGUUGUAUUUUGGGUGAAGAUUACAACGCUCUGCUCUGCCUAAAACAAUCACAGUGACAUAUCAAAGAGUUUUAGGUACCCAUUUCAAGUUUAGUUGGUGUCCUCUUAAUCCUAAAAGAAUGAAACUACACUACAUGACCUUGGCCUUCCCCUCUCUUUUUCUCUUUCUCUCUCUAAGAUUUCAAUAUUUUAAUCCCUUCUGUAAGUUGUCAACUACAAGUCUACCAACCCAACAAGUCAAACCAACAAACUUACUCCCUAAAGUUUGGUGGGCAGAAGAAAAUAUAGGCAGCAUUCACAUGAACUUAAAUUUCCCUGUGGAAGUUUCAGAUCUCUCUAUCAUAGUUUUUCCUAAAAUUCUUUUCAUUCCCAGUUCUCUAUCUUCCUGUUUUUGUGCUGCCUCUAAUCUUUGGGGGGAACAUGGACAACCAUCGUAGCCAGCAACAAGCUAAAACAACUCCACUAGAGUCUGAAGGUUCCUUUCAUCUACUUGAUGUUCUAUUUUUUCUAUCUCCAAUUACUCAUCAUGAAGUUGGUCUCUUCUUCAUGAUUUUCUCACCUUUUUUGAAAUUUGUGGCCUGUUAUCUAACAGAAGUCAGCAGCACUAGGUGGCAGUUUAUAACGAUGACAGCACAGGAGGAAGAUCUCAUCCAUAGAAUGCAUAAGCUGAUUGGAGAUAGGUGGGAUCUGAUAGCAGGCAGAAUUCCAGGGCGUAAACCAGAAGAAAUAGAGAGGUAUUGGAUAAUGACUCACCUUGAAGGGUUUGCAGUGAGAAGAAGAGGGUGAAAAAAGACAGAGGAAUGAAGGGUUUGGAGAGAGAGAGAGAGACAUACAGGCAGUGAGGCUCAGUCAUUUAGUCAUCAAAGGUUUCUGAUGGGUUCUCUCCCUUUUUUUAUGGUUUCCCUGCUGAUAAGCAGCUUCUAAUAGCUUUAGUGUGUACUGCAAGUACCCUUUUUAAGAGCAAAUGGUAUGGACCUGAGCAAAUUUUUAUCAAUCAAAUAAAACA